AUGUCUCAGACUUCAGUGAGUUGUACUACACUUUCAUGUGUAAAAUGUGAAAUUGCUGGGCCUGAUUUUGGUUCGCCUCCUUCAUUUGUGCGGAAGAAACUCCUUACAGUUUUGAGUGAUUGUGGCAAAGUCUCAUCUUUAAUUGACAGUAUAUCCAUAGUGAAGCGAUAUGCCUCUGAAUUAUCCCAUGCGAUUCCAGUGGCUUCUGAUGAUGAAGCUCUUUCAAAGGCCAAAAAAGAGGUAAAAAAUGACAAAGUACAUUUUGUCUGGGCCCAAUUUUCAGAGUUGAAUUCAUAUUUUAAGAAACAAACAGAGGACAUUGAGAAGUUAAACAGAAAGCUUGCAGAAAUGAUAUCUUUGCUUACAUGUAACAAGAAGUCUACAGGAAGAAAAUGCAUCAAAUACAGUGUGACCACUGAACUAAAAGACAUUCUUAGUCGUAUGGAUGCUAGAGUCAGAAGCCUAUACUCUAAUUUACCUGCUAAUGCCAUGCUUAUUAUUUGCACUGGUCAUGGAGACACAGCAAUGGUUCACAGAUUAAGGAAAAUGCUCACAGAAGAAAAAGAAACCGCCAUAUGCCGUGAGAAACUUGUAAAAGUCUUGGAAGAGUUGCAGGCCCAAGCCGAAGUAGGGCCUGAUUUUGGUUCGCCUCCUUCAUUUGUGCGGAAGAAACUCCUUACAGUUUUGAGUGAUUGUGGCAAAGUCUCAUCUUUAAUUGACAGUAUAUCCAUAGUGAAGCGAUAUGCCUCUGAAUUAUCCCAUGCGAUUCCAGUGGCUUCUGAUGAUGAAGCUCUUUCAAAGGCCAAAAAAGAGGUAAAAAAUGACAAAGUACAUUUUGUCUGGGCCCAAUUUUCAGAGUUGAAUUCAUAUUUUAAGAAACAAACAGAGGACAUUGAGAAGUUAAACAGAAAGCUUGCAGAAAUGAUAUCUUUGCUUACAUGUAACAAGAAGUCUACAGGAAGAAAAUGCAUCAAAUACAGUGUGACCACUGAACUAAAAGACAUUCUUAGUCGUAUGGAUGCUAGAGUCAGAAGCCUAUACUCUAAUUUACCUGCUAAUGCCAUGCUUAUUAUUUGCACUGGUCAUGGAGACACAGCAAUGGUUCACAGAUUAAGGAAAAUGCUCACAGAAGAAAAAGAAACCGCCAUAUGCCGUGAGAAACUUGUAAAAGUCUUGGAAGAGUUGCAGGCCCAAGCCGAAGUAGGGCCUGAUUUUGGUUCGCCUCCUUCAUUUGUGCGGAAGAAACUCCUUACAGUUUUGAGUGAUUGUGGCAAAGUCUCAUCUUUAAUUGACAGUAUAUCCAUAGUGAAGCGAUAUGCCUCUGAAUUAUCCCAUGCGAUUCCAGUGGCUUCUGAUGAUGAAGUUCUUUCAAAGGCCAAAAAAGAGGUAAAAAAUGACAAAGUACAUUUUGUCUGGGCCCAAUUUUCAGAGUUGAAUUCAUAUUUUAAGAAACAAACAGAGGACAUUGAGAAGUUAAACAGAAAGCUUGCAGAAAUGAUAUCUUUGCUUACAUGUAACAAGAAGUCUACAGGAAGAAAAUGCAUCAAAUACAGUGUGACCACUGAACUAAAAGACAUUCUUAGUCGUAUGGAUGCUAGAGUCAGAAGCCUAUACUCUAAUUUACCUGCUAAUGCCAUGCUUAUUAUUUGCACUGGUCAUGGAGACACAGCAAUGGUUCACAGAUUAAGGAAAAUGCUCACAGAAGAAAAAGAAACCGCCAUAUGCCGUGAGAAACUUGUAAAAGUCUUGGAAGAGUUGCAGGCCCAAGCCGAAGUAGGUUUGUGUUUUGUAGGUGUGAAGCAUUGAGUACUAUUGAAACCACCAUUCCGUGGUUUGUCAUUUGGCAGAUUUUGUAGUAUUAGAAAGCAGAAAAUACACUGCCAAAAAAAGAUGUAAAUUUUUACAAUUGAUUAUCCACUUCGCUGCUGACCAAAAAAAAAAAAAAAUUAUCUACUUUCCCCUGCUUUCACUAUUAUUAUGUAAAGCAGUCUACAAGAGGGCUUGUUUGGUUGCCGGACUGAAAGGAGGGAACUGCACUGUGUAAGCCAAUCCAGUCCAGUCCAGUCCAGUCCCAUAAAGGUGGAUAGAAAGGGCUCUGACCACAAUUAGUUGGAUUUAUUACUUUGUACAACAUUUGGUAAAACACAGGACUUGAUGUGAGAUAACAGUUUUUUAUAUAUUUUUUUGGUCAGAGCAAUUAUCC